UCUGAAAGGUGCACAGAGUUCCGGCCUCCAGCUGUGAUGGAGAACCUCACUAUGGACAACAUGACCCUGGAAAAUAACACGUCGAUGCUCGACAACCAGACCCUGGGAGUUUGGCACGACUACUCCAUCGAAUACAAGGUGAUCAGCGUCCUGCUGGUGUCCCUCAUAUGCGGGGUGGGGAUCGUGGGGAACAUGAUGGUCAUAUUGGUGGUCCUAACCACCAAACACAUGCGGACUCCCACAAACUGCUACUUGGUGAGUCUGGCCGCAGCUGACCUGAUGGUACUGACGGCCGCCGGGCUGCCCAACAUCACCGACGCGCUGCGCGGACAGUGGGUGUACGGUUACGCGGGCUGCCUGGGGAUCACCUACUUCCAGUACCUGGGGAUCAACGCGUCCUCCUGCUCCAUCACAGCCUUCACCGUGGAGCGCUACAUUGCCAUCUGCCACCCCAUCAAAGCGCAGUUCCUGUGCACCCUGUCCAGGGCGAAAAAGAUCAUCAUGCUGGUGUGGGCGCUCACCUCCGUCUACUGCGUCAUGUGGCUCUUUCUGUCCGACACCAAAAAAUUAGUCUACGACAACGUGGUCCUGCUCACCUGCGCCUACAAGGUGUCCAGGAGCCACUACCUGCCCAUCUACUUCACGGACUUCACCGUCUUUUACGUGCUGCCGCUGCUGCUGGCCACCGUGCUGUACGGGCUGAUCGCCCGGAUACUUUUCCUGAACCCGCUGCCCGCCGAUCCAAAGGGCGCCAGCAGCCACAAGUGGAAGAGGGAGGCGAGCCAGGCGGGAAGGAUGAUAAGCGCCAGCUCCUCCAGCAGCACCACGGCUUCCUCCCGCAGACAGGUCACAAAAAUGCUUGCUGUGGUGGUGGUCCUCUUCGCCGUGCUUUGGAUGCCUUACCGGACCUUGGUGGUGGUCAAUUCUUUCCUAGAAAAAGCUUACUUGGACACCUGGUUCCUGCUCUUCUGCCGUCUCUGCAUCUACUUGAACAGUGCCAUCAACCCAGUGAUCUACAACGCCAUGUCCCAGAAGUUUCGCACAGCUUUCAAGAAGCUAUGCCAGUGUGGUCCCCAGCGCAUGGAGAAACCGGUGACCUACAGUGUGGCACUCACAUAUAGCGUCAUCAAGGACACCUCCAAUGGCGAAAGUCCUGACCACUUUACCACUGAACUGGAUGAUCUGCAGUCGCCGACAGACCAAUACCUACAUGCCAACAUUUUGCCAUGUGCCAAAACGAUGCAGUGUGAUGAGAAUAUCCUCACUGGUCAAGAUGUCAAAGCUUGACUAAAGUUAUCUGAAUGUCAGGGAUUCUG